AACCUCCCGUUUCCGACAGCUCCUGAAGGCAGCAUAUCGAACGACAGCACUAGGUGUCACAGCGGCUGGGCUACACACUUUACAAACAAGAAACAACAGCGGCCGAGUCGUUCAAAAGAAGCCACUUUCACAAUGUCAGCCCCCGGACCAGAAGGCGCUGCUGCAGGAUCGAGCAACAAGCGCUUACAGCAGACUCAGGCCCAGGUGGAUGAGGUAGUGGAUAUAAUGCGUGUGAAUGUGGACAAAGUACUGGAACGUGACCAGAAACUGUCUGAGCUGGACGACAGAGCAGACGCACUGCAGGCGGGAGCCUCCCAGUUUGAGACCAGCGCGGCCAAACUCAAACGGAAGUACUGGUGGAAGAACUGCAAGAUGUGGGCUAUCUUGAUAGCUGUUAUAGUGAUUAUCAUCAUCAUCAUUAUCGUUUGGAGCACCUCCUCCUCUUAAAGCGGCAACAGACUGCAGAGGAUCGGAGGAAAAGAUACUUCAGGUCUCUGAGAAAAGAAAUCAAACGAUCACAUUAUUCACCUCUUCUCGGGUCUUCCUUGUUGUUCUCCUGGAUUGAUCUGGGUGUUUGUGUGUUUCUGUGUCCCUGAACGGGCUUGUAUUAAAACGGCAGUUUUUUUGGUGACUCACAGCACAUACACAAGCACAAAUUUCAUUCUUGAGGCUAGAAGUGAAGGAUAUUGUUUUAAACUCUGUCUGCUUAUAUUAUUAAAUUAUGCGUUAUUAGUCAUUGACGUAUGCCUGGCUAAGAAACGUGCCUUUUGGGGAUUUUGUGAGCUUGCCCCUUUACGACCACAUAGAGGUUUUUUGCUUUUCAAACUGUUAUUACCAGUAUUUUUGGUGUUUCUUCUUUUUUUUUUUUUUUCAAGAUUUAGUCUGUUUUUUCAAUGGUUACGGUGGAUUAGUGAACAGGGAGAUUUAAUACCUUCUUGUGUUUUUUUUUUUUGUUUGUUUUUUUGUUUUUGCACAUGGUUAAGUGCUUAUUGAGUUACCCUUUGUAGAAACUGAAAGCAGAAUCGAUGUAAGUUGUAAAUUACAUAACCAUUAUGCUGUUUAGUAAGAAACUGGUAAAACCAUCUGAUCACAAGUUUCCUCAUUCAUUUUCUUCUUGGCAUUUGCGUGUUGGAUAUACUUUUGUUUAGCUUGGUGCCUAAAUGCAAAGACCAAACAGCCACAUGGCCUCACAAAAGGGGAGAGAAACUGCCUCAAAAUAAAAAGAUGAGACAAAAUAAGCCUUAACUAUAUAUAUAUAUAUCUGGAGAGUUGUCACUUGGCGGCUCUCAGAGACGUGUCAAAAAGAUUGCUUUUGUGUGAUGUUCAAGCACAGUGAUGUGAAAAUAUACUUUUAGACUGAUGUCUUAAAGGUCUUCUAAAUGAGAACAGCCAAAUACACAACCAUAGUUUAUUUUUUUAUAUCAUCAUUUGUUCCAGCCAGUAACACACUUGUGCCUUCUAAGUGCUCAGAGUGUCCAAACAAAGACUCCAUCCUCUCGCUUUAGUCUCCUGAACCUAACCUUUAAUAAACUCUUCGGUUCUGUCCUAUCCGUAUUUAUUCCAUCUGAUAAUGUAAUAUUCUUCCUACAUGUGACGCUUCUGUUUUAGUGUAGAUUAGCUUUUAUUUGCUUGCAUAAAAUGUAGAACUAAUGACGUGCUUGGAAGAGGUAUUUUAUGGCUUAUCCUGCUACUGCCGAUUAACAGUAGCAUUAACAUAUUACAUUGUAAUAUGUGCUAUACAACACUGGAUUUGGAGUUUUCUUAAUUUUGUGUAAUAUCUUUCCAUGACUGUUCAUGUUUUGGUUUUUUUUUGUUAUUUUUGUUUGGCCUUUUCAGAAUAUCUAGUGCCAAUUUGACGUCAUGAUUCAUAAUGCAUCCAGAAUUCGGCAUAAUGCAUAUAGUACCGUGGGCUUUUUUCUUCUUUUUUUUAGUUUGGACAGUAGUUUAUAGAUAAUACUUUCAUUAAGUCAUUUUUUUCAAUUGUCAUCUCUAUUUACAUAUAAAUCUGACACCCUUUAACUUUUAAGGCUUAUAAUUACAUGCUGGGAAAUUAUUUGGAUAAGUGCAAUUGUACUUUGUGGCCCUAAAUAACUGUUGCUUGAAUAAAACAUAUAAAAUGUAUA